AUGGAUGCCGGACAUGAUCUUCUCGCACGCUACCGCAGAAUGCAGCACCGUUGGGAUUUCGAUCAAUCCAUAAGUCACUUUGAACAUGCCUUGGAUAUCUGCCCCAUGGAUCAUCCCUGCCGCCCUGCAGCACUGUUCAAUCUAGCUACCGCAAAGUUUGUCAGUUGCCAGGCUAAUGAAACAUACCCCAACUUCGACAUCCCUAUCUCUAUUUUUCAAGAUGCUCUUGAAUUGCGUCCCACUGGUCAUCCAGACCGACCUGCCACCCAACUCCAUCUUGCCAUUGCUUUGCUGUCUCGUUUCAUGAAACAGGGAUUUCUGACGGAUGCUGAUGCGGCUGAAGAGUUACUGAGCAAGGUUCUCAAUGUCUGCCACGCCAACAGCCUCAUUCACAGAGCAGCUUUGCUUGCAAUUGAAACAUCGGCUGGAAGCACUACUGCAAAUGAUCUCGGGCAGGAGCAGCCCACUGCAUCUAUACGUCCGUUACCGCUGAAUCAACUUGUUGAUAUGACAGUACAGUAUAUUGCAACAUGCAUGCUUGCCGAGUAUUGUUAUGUAAUCUGGGUUAUCGCACUUUGCAGGGAAGUGUUGCCUUUCCACCCAGUUGGUCGCACAUUUCGCUGGGGGGCAUUAAAUAAUCUUACAAAUGCACUUUUCACCCGCUUUGAAUACCGAGGCAAUGAUGAAGACUUGGAUGAGGCAAUCACACUUCGCAGGGAAGCGUUAGCUUUGCACCCUAUCGGUCCCACAGAUUGGUCCAGGUCAUUAAAUGACCUUGCAGGUCGACUCUCCACCCGCUUUGACCGCCGAGGCAAUGACGAAGACUUGGAUGAGGCAAUCACACUUCACAGAGAAGCACUAGCUUUGCACCCUGUUGGUCACACAGAUCGGUACUGGUUAUUAAAUGACCUUGCAGACUUGGAUGAGGCAAUCGCACUUCACAGGGAAGCGCUAGCUUUGUGCCCCAUCGGUCACACAGAUCAGUCCAGGUUAUUAAAUAAUCUUGCAAAGCAACUCUCCACCCGCUUUGAACACCAAGGCAAUGCCGAAGACUUGGAUGAGGCUAUUGUACUUCAGAGCGACGCACUAGCUUUACGUCUUGUUGGUCACCCAGAUCGGUCUCAAUCAUUAAAUGAUCUUGCGAAUUGCUUGCACACACACUUUAAAUGGGAAGCGCUAGCUUUGCACACUGUUGGUGACACAGAUCGGUCAUUGUCAUUAAAUAACCUUGCAGUUCAACUCUCCACCCGCUUUGGACACCGAGGCAAUGGUGAAGACUUAGAUGAGGCAAUCGCACAUCACAGGGAAGCGCUAGCUUUACGUCCUGUCAGUCACACAGAUCGGUACUGGUCAUUAAAUAACCUUGCAGGUCGACUCUCUACCCGCUUUGAACACCGAGGCAAUGAUGAAGACUUGAAUGAGGCAAUCGCACAUCACAGGGAAGCGCUAGCUUUAUGCCCUGUCGGUCACACAGAUCGGUCCAGGUCAUUAACUGACCUUGCAGGUCGACUCUCUACCUGCUUUGAACACCGAGGCAAGGACGAAGACCUGGAUGAGGCUAUGGCGCUUCUGAGCGAGGCACUGGCCUUGUGCCCUAUCGGCAAUGACGAAGACUUGGAUGAAGCUAUUGCACUUCACAGGGAAGCACUAGCUUUGCGGCCUGUUGGUCACAUAGAUCGGUACCUGCCAUCAAAUAACUUUGCAAGUCAACUCUACAUCCGCUUUGAAACCCGAGGUAAUGAUGAAGAUUUGGAUGAGGCUAUCGCGCUUCACAGGGAAGUGCUGGCUUUACUCCCUGGACUGUCCUCCAGCUUUCAACACCGACGUAGUAAUGAUGAAGAAAUGGAAGAGGCUAUCGCGCUUCACAGGGAAGCAUUAGCUUUGUGCCCUCUCGGUCACACAAAUCGGUCCUUGUCAUUAUAUGGACUUGCUGUUCAACUCGGCAUCCGCUUUGAUCACCAAGGCAAUGAUGAAGACUUAGAUGAGGCUAUCGCGCUUCAUAGAGAAGCGCUGGCUUUGUACCCUGUCGGUCAUGCAGAUCGGCCCUGGUCAUUAAAUGGUCUUGCGGAUAGACUCUCCACCCGCUUUGAUCACCGAGGCCGUGUCAAAGACCUCAACAAGUCACGGGAUGUUCUCCACUGCUUAUUGACUCUGUUGACGCAACAUGAUCCUCAUCAAUUACGAGUCCAUCAGUCUCUAGCUGAGGUCUGUUUGUUAUUCCAUCGAUCAAGACUUGACGGCAAUGGUCCGGAUGAAGAUAUUGACAGUCUGAAUGCUGCCAUGGAUCAUUUCCAGGCAGCAGCAAAUAUUGUCUCUGGAUGUUUGCUACCUCGCCUUCUACACUCACACGGUACUGAACUGGAGGCUUGUACGACUACUAUGCGACUUCUGGACACUCACAUGCCUGCAACAGCUUCAGUAUCGUCUCGUCAUAAUGUCAUGAGCCACUUCCCAAGCAUGUUUGCCGUGGAUGCUGCAUCAUGUGCUCUUCGUAGUGGUGACGUGCAUCGUGCUGUUGAGUUGUUGGAACAAGGCAGGACUGUUAUCUGGACCCAGAUGACACGACUCCGCACGCCUCUUGACGACCUCCAGACUCGCGGCGAUCAUGCAGUGACCUUGAUGAAGAGAUUCAAGGAUCUCAGCUCCCUCCUUGAUAAACCUCCUGCGAGCCGUCCAGAAGGGACACCGAGAGUUGAUAUAGAAGCAGAAGAAAUCCGGUACAGACAUCUAGUGGAGGACUGGAAUGGAGCUGUAGAAGAGAUCCGGAAGAUUGAGGGCUUCUCUCGCUUCCUACUUCCCCCUUUGUUCUCCGAUCUUCAAGAUGCAGCUCGUGAUGGGCCUAUCAUCAUGCUCAUUGCAACCAAGUGGUCUUGCAAUGCCAUUAUUAUCCUGCACAAGCAGCCUCCAACUAGCAUUCAACUCCCUACCAAUUUUGAGAAACUCAAGAGAUUGAUGCUCGCACUCCAAGAAGCAGUUGAAAAAGACGCCAGUCCUAAAGGGAGCCAACCAGCGCUGGUAAAAACUUUGAGGGAGUUGUGGAACAAUGUCGUCCGCCCGGUUGUCGAGAAUCUGGGUGAAUUUGCACAACGAGGUUCCCGAAUAUGGUGGUGCCCAACGUCUCUCUUCAAUUUCUUGCCGUUGCAUGCUGCUGGUGAAUACAGGGCAAAUGGGGAGUCCCUUUCACAGCAAUAUACCUCUUCAUACACCCCAUCGCUUACCGCGCUGAUGAGGGCUCGCAAAAGUCAUGACAGGUCGCUGUCGGUGUUCUUCACUGCCAUUGGCCAGAAUCGCCCAGCAGGUGCUUUAUCCACUUUGGAUAGUGUGGAGCCUGAGCUGGAAUUGGUGCGGAGUCUUUUGCUGCAUCCCCCAACUGUUUCCUUCACCAAGAUAACGAGCAUUGAUGCCACAAAAUCAAGAGCACAGUGCGCGUUGCGAGAUAAUACUUGGGUCCAUUUCGCAUGUCACGGGACACAGAAAUUUGACGAACCCUUCAAUUCGGCCUUUCAUAUGCGCGACCACCCGCUGUCACUCCUCAAUAUCACCCAAAUGGAUCUCUCUCGGCAUCAAUUUGCAUUUCUCUUGGCCUGUGAAACAGCAGUUGGUGUCCCUAGAAGUCCUGACGAAGUGAUACAUCUAGCGGCUGGCCUGCAAUUCGCUGGGGUUAAGAGUGUCGUUGGGACAUUAUGGAAGGUCAACGAUAAUACUGUGCAACGCUUAGUCAAGGAAUUCUACACAAACUUGUGUGGGGAUGGCAAAAUGAAUUCCAAACGAGCUGCCCGAGCGCUGCACCGAGCGGCCCAGUCGUUGGCUCGCGACAAGGACAUGCCCUUAGACCAGCACAUAGUGUUCAUGCAUAUUGGCGUAUGAUCAAUUUU